AUGGAAGGUGGUCUUGGUUUACUUGUUGGUGGUGGUUCUCCGAAUGAGUCCACAAUGUCAAAACUGGAGGUGGUGGAGGCUGAGGCAAGUUCAUAUCCAGUGGAAGCUGAGCUGGAGUUGGGCCUGGGGCUGAGUCUUGGUAGUGGUGGCGGUGGAGGGAAGGGUAAGGCAAAUGCAUGGGGUGAUUGUGGUAGAAUCUUGACCGCCAAGGACUUUCCUUCGGUGGUUUCUCAACCUCACAGGCCUAACAAAAACAACAACAACAGUUCUAUACCUUCUGCUUGUGUUGUUGGUGCUGUUUCUGGGACUAAGAGAGCUGCUGACUCUGUCUCCCAUGAGGGUGGAUCCCCCACUGCUGGCAGUCAGGUUGUGGGGUGGCCACCUAUAAGGGCUUAUCGGAUGAACAGCUUGGUGAACCAAGCAAAGGCUGCAAGAGCUGAAGAAGACAAGGGAAUUGGUGAGAAGGAUAAAUCUAAGGAUAAUUUGAAGAAGAAAAUUUGUAAUGGUAACAAGGCCAAUGUUACUGGUAAUGAAAAGGGGCAUCUUGGAUUUGUCAAGGUGAAUAUGGAUGGAGUUCCAAUUGGAAGGAAGGUAGAUUUGAAUGCUCAUGCUUGCUAUGAGACGUUAGCCCAGGCGUUAGAGGAAAUGUUUUUCAGGUCCACCACAACUAUCAAUUCCAUCGGUGGAGAGAAGCAACAAGUAACAAAGCCCUCUAAGCUAUUGGACGGAUCAUCUGAGUUCGUGCUCACAUAUGAAGAUAAAGAGGGAGACUGGAUGCUUGUGGGAGAUGUUCCAUGGGGUUCUCAGUUGUCAAACCUGGCUGACAGAGAGAAUGUAGAACUCCUGACUCCUGAGCAAACUCCACCACCCCUUCCUGAUGUUCCCAACCUCUGUAAAAAGGCUUCGAAUCAUGAGGACGUCAGAAGCCAAUGGACUUGCUCCAAGAUUCCAGGAUAG